AAAAAGAGUGCAGCUAUGCCUCGGAGACGAAAACAGCACCAGAAGGGUCCAUAGAGCGGGGGAGGUUAAAAAAAAACAAAAAAAAAACAAGGUGUUGUUGUUUUCCAACCAUCCGUAAUCCUCCAAGUGCCUUCACUCGCCGCUCCCGACUAUACAAGAUGCCCAAAGGAUUCCUGGUGAAAAGAAACAAAAAGUGCGCGCAUGUUUCCUACAGGACUCGGCCGGAAGAGGAUGACUUCCAGGAGCCCGGCCAAAGCCAUGCUGCCUUCCCGGGUCAGACGCAGCCUUCCCUGCCGGUGUGCGCGGCAUCCGAGGCGGCCGCCGCAUCCCCGGUGCCAAAAACGGAGAAGCCGGCCCAGUUCGGUAACCCCGGGACGGCGUGCCAGGCCUUGUACAGCCCGACCCGGCCCGUCAGCAAGGAGCAUUUAUUCGAGCGAAGUUUCAAUCUGGGCUCGCCCAUUUCCGCUGAGUCAUUCCCGACACCGGCGUCUCUCUCCGGGUUGGACCACCUCCUUUACGCGCCGGUCGAUUUGAAGAUCGGGACCAGCAACAGCAGCCGGAGUGGAACCACCAGCAGUCACAUUAAUAGUAGCAUCGGGAGUGCUGUGCCGGUACCGAGCAACCGCGCGACCACCAAAAGACCCGCACCGGACAAACCCAAAGCCGCCGCCAAGAAACCCAAAGCCAUCCGAAAGCUCAACUUUGAAGACGAGAUGACCACGUCGCCGGUGCUCGGGCUGAAAAUCAAAGAAGGUCCGGUGGAGGUCAAGCCCGGAACCAACAAGCUUUUAGGGGAGUUCGUGUGUCAGCUCUGCAAGGAGGCGUACGCGGACCCUUUCUCCCUGGCGCAGCACAAGUGCUCCCGGAUCGUCCGAGUCGAGUACCGGUGUCCCGAGUGCGAUAAGAUGUUCAGCUGCCCCGCCAACCUCGCAUCGCAUCGCCGCUGGCACAAGCCCAGAACCGGGCAAGCGGCGCCGGGCGUCAAACCCGCCUCAGAAGAAUUAGCCAAAGACGCCAUCAGCGACCGAGACACCCCGAGUCCGGGUCUGUCCGAGUCCGGGUCCGAAGACGGCUCGUAUGAUUGCCACUUCUGCGGGAAGAGGUUCAAGCGCCAGGCGUACCUAAGAAAACACAUCAUGGGACACCAAGUCCUGCAGAAGAAAGUUGUAGAAGUCGAGCCGGUUCCGGUUCCGGUUCCGGAGGACGCCUCAAACCAAAGCCCCCUCAACCUGAGCCCCGUCGACCGCUUGCUGUGUCCCGUGUGCGGGGAGAGCUUCACCAGCAAGGCGGGCCAGGAGCGGCACCUCCGGCUCAUGCAUUCUUCCCAGACCUACCCGUGCAAGUACUGCCCCGCCACGCUCUACAGCUCCCCGGGACUCACCCGCCACAUCAACAAGUGCCACCCGUCGGAGAACCGCCAGGUGAUUCUGCUCCAGAUGCCGGUGAGGCCCGCCUGCUGAACACAGAACUCGUUGUGCCUUUGGGGAGGAAAAAAUUAAAAAAAAGUUUGUAUGUUAUGAGUUUCCCCCAUCAUGCCAAUCAGUGAUUGUUCCAAUAUUUCAUAUAUUUUGAGAUAUGCUCCAUUUCUCAAAAUGAGCUUAUAUAGUUUGACUGUUAUAAAAGGGUAUUUUUCUAGGACAGCACAUGUACUCAAUGAUAGCUUCUAGACCUAAGAAAUGUUUUCUUCAGAAAAAAAAAAGACAAAAAAAAAAGAUCACUGUAGCUUUUUGUUGGUAAAAAAGACAACAAGAAAGUGUCUUAAUAAAAGUGUGACUGAAGGAUUGUUGUUAAAGUAGAACCACAAAUGCCUUUAGUGUAGUUCAUAUUCAUCCAAAUCCUGCUGUACACCUGCCUUAAAGUCAACAUUUUUCUUUUCAAUGCUGGCACAUUUUAUUAUUAUCAUCAUAAUUGAAGAUUGUUGCAAUAUUUUUGUCAUCAUAUUUAUUUAUUUAUUCUUAAUUAUUUUAUGUAACUUAUUGUUGUUUGUUGUAACUUUUUGUUGUAUAGCCAAAUUUCUUCUUUUUUUAAAUUGUCCAAUUUAUGAGUUGUGAUAAAGUGUCGUGGUCGGCUUUUAAUCAUCAAUCUUCACAGCUCUUGGAAAAAAAGAAGAAAAAAAACGCAAAGCUCUUAACUUAGAUGCAAUCUUUUUUAAGGACGUUAUUUUUCCUAAAUGUUGGCUUUUAUAGCGCUUUGAUUGUAUGUGUAUAUUGUUGUUGUCUAUGGA